ACGCCACAGAGGGGGGAAGCGCGCCUGGGAGCGAAAGCGUCUCCUCAGCUGUCAUGUCGCAGCCAACGAAAGGCAAGAAGCAGCAGCCCGCCAAGGCGGGCAAAGCGCAUGGUGAUAAAAAUGCAAGUGGAGCUGCAGGAGAUAAAAAAGGAGCAGAAGCAGCAGAGAAGAAACCUGCAAGUACUGGUAUCACUGAAUCUCCUAAAACAAAGACAAGUGGUACAUCUUCCAUCAGUAAGGCACAGACUUCUUCCGCUGUUGCCUCAAAGACCCCUACCAUGAAGCCUUCUGAAACAAAGGCUUCUUCAAGCCAGCAACAGACCAGUGGAUUGCAAUCCCACAAAAGGAAAAGGAACAAGAAGAAGGCAGCACAAAAAUUAAAGGCAGAGAGUGAAAAAGCAGUGCAGUUAACCAAGCCGGAUGAUUCUCAGACUACGCAUCCAUCCGAAGAGAAGCAAAAAGACCCUGGAGGGGCAAAAAGCCCAAGUAAACCUUCUGUGGAAACGGAAUCUAAACAACCAAGUACUGGAAAAGCCUCCUCUGGUCAUAUUGACAAGUCAACAACACAGCUGACAUCAGCAGAUGAACCAAAGGCUAAAACUGACAACAAACCAUUGGCUGCCAAAGCAGGUGUUGCAGCUGCUGGCACAGCUGGAGCAGUUACAGCUGCUGGCUUGACUACUGCAUCUGCAGAGAUUAAAGAAAAGAAAUUGCCAGCCAAAACUCCAGCGGCUGCAGAUACUAAACCAGCUAAGAAGUCUGACAUAGAUGCUGCAUUAGAUGAUUUAAUAGAUACUCUUGGAGGUCCCGAAGAAAAUGAACCGCCUGCUCCUGCAUAUACUGGACCAGCAGUUUUGGACCCAAUGUCCUCCUUAUAUAUAGAAGAGUUGGGCAAACGAGAGAGCACAAUUCCUCCAGAGUAUAGAAAACUAUUGGAGAGUCAAGGAGAUGGCAAAGUAGUUCCCCCACCAGUGGCAGGGGGAGGAUCUCAGCCAACAAUGACAGAUGAUGACCUUGCAGAUGCUCUGUCAUCUGAUUUUACUUGCAGUGCUGUACCAUCUGCUGGAGAGAAGAACGUCAUGCCAAAAGAGAAGCCUGCAGGAGAAGGUGAUCUUUUACAAGCCCAGUCUACAACUUUGGUCAGCAGCUCAGCUCCUCCUAAAGAGAAGAAACCAAAACUGGAAGAGGAGGCAAUUAGUGACAGUGCCUUAGAUGCUCUUGUGGAUACACUUGGCAUGCCAGAACCAGAACCUGAAAUAGACCUAAGCUCCAUCGUAGAAGUUGAAGAGCCAAAGGCCAAAGAAAGAAAAGAGAAGAAAACUGGUGAACGUGAUGAUACAAUUCCUCCAGACUACAGAUUAAAACCAGCCUUGGAUAAAGAUGGGAAGCCCUUGUUGCCGAAACCUGAAGAGAAACCUAAGCCUGUUAGCGAGCUUGACCUAGUUGAUGAAUUUUCGAAAGAUUUUGUCUGUCCUACUCCUCCAGCAGAAACAUCAAAACCAUCUAAACCUGCCGAUGAGUCUAAGAAGCCUGCAGCUCCUGAGCCCGCAAAAGCUCCCAAAGAAAAAGUGGCCUCCUCUCCCGCAGUUCCUCCAGUACCUUCUUUAGCUCCAUCAGGAGUGUCUACGAAGCCCUCAGUAGCUGAGCCCAAAAAAAAUUCUACAGAAGAAGUCGUCUCCGCUGCUGCUGUUCAUUCUGUGCAAUCUUCAGCUCCCUCAGCAACUUCUCCAAGUACACAUGUACCUGAUGAAGCACUGGAAGCCUUAUCUGGAAGUCUAGGAAAAAUAGAGCCUGACCCACAGGAUCAAAAACCUGCUGUGGAUAAAGUGAAGGAAAAAGCAAAACAGGAGGAACGUGAGAAACUGGGGGAAGAUGAAGAAACCAUCCCUCCUGAUUAUAGAUUGAUUGAAGCAAAGGAUAAAGAUGGGAAGCCACUGUUACCAAAACCUCAAGAAAAACCUCAGCCCCUGAGUGAAAGCGAACUUCUUGAUGCUUUGUCAGAAGGAUUUUCUUCAGCCCCAACAUCAAAGCCUGCCCCAGCAGCUGCACCUCAAAAAUCUACAGGUGCUAGCAAGCCUGCUGUUGCCCCCACUGAAGAAGUUCUCUCUGCUGCCUCGGCUUCUGCAGUACAUGCAUCUGCACCACCACCACCACCAGCAGCAGCCACUCCAGGUAGGAAAGAACUUGAUGCUGCUGCAGAUCUUCUUGCAGACUCACUAGGCCAAAGAGAACCUGACCCAGAUGAAAAGAAACCCAUUGUGGAUAAAAUAAAGGAAAAGGCUAAAUCUGAGCAUAUAGACAAACUCGGAGAGAGAGAUGAUACAAUCCCUCCUGAGUAUAGGCAUAUUCUGGACUCCGAUGAGAAGGGCAAGCCAAAAAAGCCAACAGGCAAGGAUGGUGAAAAACCCAAAGAACAAAAGAAGCCAGCUGAUGACUCGGCAGCUAUUGAUGCCCUUUCAGGAGACUUUGAUAGCUGUGGGAAACCUCCUGUCUCAGAAAAACCUUCAACAAAGGAUGAAAAAACAAAAGAUGCUGCCGUAUCUAAACCAGUUAGAAAGGAUGAAAAGAAAUCCAAAUCAUCUAAAAAGGCAAAGGAGCAGUCUUCCAAUGCAAAAUCUGAGAAACAGAAAAAAAGUUAAAUCUUGCCAGACUUUUCAUCACUAGUGCAAAGACUCUUCUUUUGCUGCACUUGAACAAAAGCGAUUUCGCAGAAGCAAGAUAGUUUCCUGGGUGGUUUUUUGUAUUGUGGUAUUUGGAUAUUUUGGCAUGCCAUGCAUAUCUUUUGCUAUUUUCCAAGAUUGAACUAACUUUUUCUAGCCACUUAUUUUACUGUCGUUUAUUUUGUAAUUUUCUUCAAUUCUGAAAGAGAAGGAAUGCUUUAUAUUUGUAAGAAACAGAUUUCCUAUGAAUUAAAUAGUAAUGAAACCAAUGUCUGCAAAGUUUUGCACAUAAUCUACACAUAGUGCCUGUAAAUCUCAGCAGAGUUCACUAAAUCCAUACCAUAUAUUUUUAGUAUAACAAUGCUUUAAACAUUCUGGAAUGGAAUGCAUUUUGGAUAUCAUCUGCCUCUUUAGGCUGGUUGCCUGUGGGUAUUCUUUUUGGGAGAAUAGUUGGUGAAAAGGGAGUAAUCAGUUGCUAAGAUUUAAAAGUGGGAGCAGACUAGAAACUAUUGUUGGUCAUCCUUGGCUUCUAACACUAUAGUAUUGAAUAUGAACAGUGCCAUUAGUAUUUUUAUUUUAAAUCUUGAGUCCUUGUUGGUACCACCUUUUGUGAACUUACGUUGCCCCUGCCAACAGCUUCCAGGAAGGACAUAAUGUUGCAUCAGAACUACUAAAGGAUUGUGGUACUUUGGAAGGGAUGUAGUUUUGCAAUAUCUGCUUCACACUCCUUGACUUACAGAACUGCACAAAGAAUCCCAACAACAGUAUAUAUAUUCCCACAAGUUACACUGUUAUCGGCCCUACCCUCAGCACAAUUAAAUAGGAAUGUGCUUUGUCAGCUAACCUGGAUGCAAUGCUUGCUCAGAUUUCUAUUUUUUUUUUCUUUUCUUUUUGGUAUUCCAUGUAGCAAAAGAGAGGCUAUGACUCCAAUACCAGAUUCUGAUCUGCUGUGCAAUCUGAGUAACAAAUCUUUAUAUUGACUUGUGGAGUAAGGUACUACUCCUAGUUUGGUAAAAUGGUCAAGUAGGUAGUUCUCUGCUACUUCCAUAAUCAGAUAUGUAGGCAGGCCACAGGCCACCAGGAAUAUAAUCUGUGCAAGCCCUUUUGAACUCCAUGGGGUUCAAGAACACAGUGAUUUUCUGUAAUAGCUCUUAUUUCAAAAGGAAUAAAUGCAGAAGAUGUUCCCAGUGGAUUGUACCUUUCAGCCUGAGGAAAAUCAGAAUACUGAUUGUCCUUGACAAUCUGUAAUGUUAAUACUAUACUGUAUUGGACAGUCUGUACUGAGAUUCUGUGUCACACUAAUAAAGUUUUUAGAAUGUA